AUGAGGCUCAUCAGUUGGAAUUGCCAGGGGUUGGGGAGCCCAAGGUCAGUUCGAGCUCUCAAGAACCUCCUCAAGUCGGAAAAAUCGGAUGUCAUUUUCUUAAUGGAAACCAAAUCCCAACUCAGUAGAAUGAGUAGAAUCCAAAGGAGUCUGAAGCUCAACAAUCUGUUUACUGUGGAUGCUACUGGUACAGCAAGGGGUUUAGCGCUCUUAUGGCACGAUCAUAUCACUAUUGACAUCAGGUCUGCUGAUAAACACUUAAUCGAUUGUGAAGUUAGUAGUGGAAAUCACAAGUUCUGGUUAUCAUGUAUUUAUAGAGACUCGGUUAGGGGCAAUAGACAUCUGGUCUGGAAUCGCAUAUCUUCCUUUGGGGCUAAUCGCCAGGAGCCAUGGCUUUGUACUGGAGACUUCAACUCAUUCUUGGGUUGGCAUGAAAAAUCGGGUGGGAACAGGCAAGGUGAUCGUGAUAUCAACAUCUUUAGAGACUUCUUAUUCACAUGUGGCUUAUUGGAUCUUGGUACAAAUGGUCCAGCGUAUACAUGGAAAAACAGGAGAUGUGGCAGUGCCAACAUUAGAAUCAAAUUGGAUUGGGCGUUGGCCAAUGUGGAAUGGCAGAAUUCUUUCGAAGAUGCUGCAGUUUUUAUAAAACCAGUAGUUUGUUCCGAUCAUAAUCCCCUCCUCAUUGACACUUUGGGUGGAUCCUCAUCUGGCCCCCGACCUUUUUGCUUCGAGGCAAUGUGGAUUCGCCAUUCGGGCUGUCGAGAGGUGGUUGCAAAAGCCUGGGGUUCUCCCACUAUUGGCACUGUUCCUCAUCCGAUUGAUCAAAAAUCUACUCGCUGUAGGGCUGCCUUAAAGAAGUGGAACAUAGAGGAAUUCAGACAUUUAUAG